AUGGAACACUUACGUGGAUACAAAACCAACUGUGGAUUCUCACUUGGGAGGCCCAGAUUCGGAUCUGUUAAGGUUAGAAUUCCCAACUUCCAACCUUUCAUAGCUGAAAAAGGAAAAGACAUAGAAGAAGAUCAAGUUAAAGAAGAAGAAGAAGAAGAAGAAGCAAAAAGCAUCGGUCUCGAGGAAGAAGAAGAAGAAGAUGAUGGAGCUAAGAGCAUGGAUCUCGAAGAAGGAGAUGUGGAAGAAGAAGAAGAGAAGAAGCACAUAUGUUGUGAAUGUGGUAAAAGGUUUAAGUCAGGUAAAGCUUUAGGAGGUCAUAAACGGAUUCAUGUGCUCGAGGCUCGAAAAUUGGCUAUGGUGAGACCAAAGAUGGAGUCUGGUGUGGUUGGUAGAUCUGAUCAGAGAGAUGAAUUAGAAGUUGAUUGUUGUGUUUGUCAUAAGAAGUUUACAUCAAUGAAGGCUUUAUAUGGACACAUGAGGUUUCAUCCAGACAGAGGAUGGAAAGGAGUUUUGCCUCCUCCUCAUCCACUUGGUUACUCUUCGUCUUCUACACUCUCUAUUGAUGAUCAUGAUCAUGGUGAGUUUAUAAGCUCGGAUUAUGAUGAUGAUGACUAUGAUGAUAAUGAUAAAGAUGAAGAUGAUGAUGAUGAUGAGAACUCGGAGUUAUGGGAUAAUCAUUGGGAAUCUGAAAACGUUGUUGACCUUAAAGAAUCGAUUAAAGGAUGGGGGAAGAGAGCAAGGAGAAGUGUUUUCAAGGUUGGUGAAUCAGAUUUGAAGGAUCCAAGAUCAGAAGAUAUGAAGGAUAUUGAUGCUAAGGAUCUAUUGAUCUUAGCUACUACUGCAGAAGCUGUUGAUCUCGAUGUUACAGAGACUUCUGAUUCACAUUCCGUUGAAGAGAUGAUGAUGAAGAAGAGGAGGAAGAAGAAGAAGAAAAGGUUGUCUGAGAUGGAUAAAGAAUCAUCAUCAACUCAUGAUCAUCAUCAGCUUGAGGUGGUUGUUGCUGCAGCUGAGGAAGGUGGUGGUGCACGUGAGAAGCACGUGUGUGUGACUUGCAACAAGUCUUUUACUUCUUAUCAAGCUUUAGGAGGUCAUAGAGCAAGUCACAACAAGGUCAAGAUAUUGGAGAAUCAUCAAGCUAGGGCAAACGGUGAAGCUUCAUUGCUUGGAACUGAAGCAAUAAUAACCGGUUUAGCUAGCGCUCAAGGAUCAAACACAUCUUUAAGCAGUAGCAACAAUGGAGAUCACGUUUGCAACAUUUGUCAUAAAAGCUUCCCAACAGGUCAAGCUCUUGGAGGUCACAAGAGAUGUCAUUGGACUGGACCAGUUUCUAGUGAGGCGGCUGCAACCAUUGCAGCUACAACAGCUUCAACCGCACCAGCAGCAGCAUAUGCUAGUCAAGUAACAGAGACAGUGGUGCAAGAGGUGAAGAAAUUGAAGAGAACGUUUUUGGAGUUUGACUUGAAUGAGUUGCCACCUAACGAAGAAUAA